AGGAGUGAGUGUGUCGAAAACACUUGUGCGGGCCUUCUUCCUCAUUUCAUUACAGGAAGUGAGUUUGCAGUCAGAUGCUGUCGCCACACUCUGUGACAGGUCAUUGCUGUAAGCUGUUGUGAACAUGAUACUUCUGUAGUAGCGGUCUCGGCUGCUGCCACCAUGGGUCAUUAUCUCUUUAAACACACUUGAUGCCAUCACAGCAGGCCAGCUACAACUCCCACAGGCUGGAGGAUGGGGAAUAUAAUGCGAGGUGAGAGUGCCAAGGAGACGAUCAACACAGACAGCUCUUUAAAAGGUCCGGAGGAGGACAUGGUGGUGGUGCUUCAGGACUACCCGUCGCCGGACAUCAGCGAGCCGAUCUACAGGAUGGGGGAGAAGCUCAGACUCAUAGCCCAGGAGGCUUACUGGUGGAGAGUACGCUCCAUCCAAACACAAAAGGAGAACUACAUACCCAACAGCCAUGUCGCAAAAGUGUACCAUAGUUGGCUGUUUGAGGGGGUGGAGAGGCAGAAGGCCGAAGAGCUGCUCAGUUUACCCGGGAACAGAGUGGGCUCCUUCCUGGUGAGGGAGAGCGCCAGGGAGAGAGGUCUGUACUCGCUCUCAGUGAAGCACAGGAGUGUAAAGCACUAUCGUAUCUUAAGACUGGACAACAGCUGGUACUACAUCUCCCCUCGCCUCACUUUCCAGUGCCUAGAAGAUAUGAUCAACCACUACUGUGACGCUUCAGAUGGCCUCUGCUGUGCUUUAACCUCCCCCUGUCAGUCGAGCACGACCCCCCCGCCUGACGCAGCCCCUGGAGCUCCACCUGUAGUGAUGAGACGCAACUUUGACUGGAAGAAAAUAGACAGCAAGCAGCUGGUGAGCACAGAGAGCUGCAGCGACAACAUGGUGAGCUAUGGAGUCAGGAACAGCAUCGCUGCCUACCUGUCCUUUUCUGGGAAUCGAAACCCUGCACAGAUGAGAGCCGCCAGCAGGAGGAAAAAGAGUAAAUCCAUGUAUGCUCUCCCUGAGAACGGCCACGGAACCAUUGACUAUGAGGACUUCUAGAGACAGCAGCGGGGUUCAAAGAAUGAAAUACCUUCAGGUUGAAGGCAGUAGAGGGCAUCCUUCUCAGCAGCAUCCCAAACCUCGAAGUGUGCUAUAGCUUCUAAUGUGAGCACUUGAAGUACUUUAACAAUAACGCAAAUUGCAUGAGCGCUUACACUUUGACUCAGCUAAUAAGAUGGAACUUUAUGGAGUUGAACUGGACGAUGGUGCAAUUGAACUGCGGUGUGUAUUCUGGACGAGUCAUGAUCACAAACAGCCGGCAUUAGGAGAGCGAAGAACAAUGUUAUGGGUAUUGUUUGGUAAUUAUAUUAUUCCUAUUUGUGUGUGUAUAUGAGUAUUUGUGGCUUUCAAACUAUUCCAAGUGUUCUUAAUAAAUGUGAUAUGGUUAAAAAGCAAUCUUUUGGACCCAUAGAUAUCUCUUUUUGUUGCCACCACAUAUUUUCAUCUUAUUAUGUUGAUUUAAAAAAUGGCCUAGCAAAUAGUUGCUUUUUUGCUAAUCAAGCAGACAUCGAGCAACAUUCACAAUCAUUUGGAGUUAUGUUUAUGUCCCCCUUGAUAAGUCUGAUGUUAAUUCUCCUUUUAUCUCUGUUUUGGUCUGUGGCCCUUUGGUUGCUAAAUGCUCCACUCUGCUCACCAGCUAGUCGCUAAAUUUGUUUAUCAAAGCUUGGGAACUGCUGAGUUUGUCACUACAAGCAUACACUUUCACAUUAAACAAAGUCAUUUGAUCCAUCCUAAAUAUACUGUAGAAGGAUUAAGAGAGAACCUUAAGUCUAACAUAUUCUGUGUGGAGGAAGUAGAAGAAAUAACCAUUUGGAAAAUGAUAAAACUUCCCUGAUUGGUUCUCAAAUGAUUCACAAGAAGAACAAACAAAAACACAUUGGUAAAGGUUACUGCAUAAAUUAGAUUUCAAUUCGAUUCAGGUACUUGGGCGGAUGCGGUGCUGCAAGAUCUAUGAAUCUAAUUCGAUGGUCACUAUUUUUUUAUUCUGUCCAUGCGUCAGUAAUUAUCUUGGGAUGCAUUUGGAACUUAUUAGUCAUUUAAAUUUGAUCCAGUGAUGAAAAUAACAAAAAGCUCAGACAGUCGCUUUUUGAAAUGUCCCUACCUAGACUGCCAACAUCUUUGUUCAACUUCCUCUGUCCAGCUGUGUAUUUUCUUCACAGUAGGAUAGUCUCCAUAUUUGCACAUGGUCAACAUAUGAUAGGCUAUUAAUUAUUUAAUUAAAU